UUGGUGCUAUAAUGAAUAGAGGGGAGCGGGGGGAGAAUCCAAUCCGGUUUCAGCUAGUUUCUGGUCCGAUAGAACAUUUACGUUCGCUACACUUUACUAGGUACUGUUCGAAUUUUUGUAAUCGGACAGCAUUACUGUAGAUUUUUAAAACCUCUUCGUUGGAUAUUGAUUUAUCCGUCUAGUUUUAAUAUCCAAGAAAAUUAACCAUGCCCAAAAGAAACAAAGCAAGCAAUGACACUGAAGCGAAUGAGCCCAAAAGGAGAUCUGAGAGAUUGCGUGAUAAACCCCAACCAAAGUCAGAACCCAAGCCAAAGAAGGCACCUGCAAAACCUAAGAAGACGAAGGAAGUAGAAAAGGCCAAGCCAGAGGCAAAUGAGGAGACUCCAGCAGAAAACGGGGAAGCCAAACCCGAUGAGGAGACACCAGCUUCAGAAGAACCUGGACAGAAAGGCAAAGAGUCUGAAUAACAUAACAUCCUUAUCAUGUCUUUUACCUGUGCGCCCUGUACCUCUUUUCUUGUACAAUUCAGAGGAAUAUUUUUAUCAACUAUUUUCUAAAUGCAGGUUUUUUUUAAUAGUUUGAUUGUAGAAACACAUUUUUUUAAAAACAAAGGAAAAUGCAUUUGGAGAGGGAUACAACCACAUCCCACGUUUUUACAUUUAUGGACAAAAAAUGUGGUUGUUGUAUGGUCAACAGGUUUUUAUUUUCAUGAUUUUGUUCUUUAUAAGGGGUUUGAGUUGGACAGGUUGCCACGGUGAGACUGUGCAAUCAUGUCAUUUUUCAGGAAUUAUUGUACAACUAGGAGGGCUUGUUUGGAAGACUAACAUUCCAUAGGCUGUAUGAGCAGAAAGACGUACAUGUAAUUUGUAUCGUAUUGGAAAAGAGUUGGGGGUUGUGAAUUAUUUUUAAGGGUGAUACAUUGUUUUAUUGUUUAUAAUGAUCAAUUUUAGACUGUUUGUAAUCUGUGAUCUGUAAAUGUUGACUUUUACCCAUGCCGUUGUCUUACUUGACAAUUACCAUUUCAUUAGUUCUGGAAUUCUACCAUUCAGGCUCGUGCGUUGUAUGUGGUUUUUUUUGUCAGUUUUGGUGAUUAGCAUUGCAAUAAUGUCAUGUAGCUGCUGUGGAUGUGGGAUUUUUCAGGAAUGCCCACAUGCAGUAUGUAACGGUACAUCGAGUGGAUUGUAACACGGAAUAUUAGCAAGGCUAAUUACAAGACAUGCGUUUAGUGUUCAGCAUACUGGUGAAAAUUGAUCCUUGUACAAGGAUAUUGAAAAGGAAAUUACUGUACUUUUACUUGUUCUGUAAAGUGACCAUAACAGCAGUAGCAAUAUUUGCAUAUGGGUUUUGGGUAACAAGUACAUAUGUACAGUUUUUUUUUUCUUUGUAGCUGUAUCUGUGUCAUGAUUGGUAUAAAGACCAAUAAAGAAUUGGUUGCAACUUGCUGUGA